AUAAUAACGCCAAAAUAAUUGAAGGCCACCCGCACCCAGCACCGAUAUAAUAAUAAUCUUCACUUGUUAGCUUCUCCGCCCAUAUUUCUCUAUCCAUAUUCUAUACUCCUCAACUCCAGCUAGAGAUGCAGCUGCAAGGUGGUUCUGGUGGAAAAGCAAUCAACCUCACACAUGUUCUGGUUGCGUCGUUUGCCGGAUUGAUUGCCGCGGCGGCCGCCUCACGAUUCCGGCGGCAGAAUUCUAAUAAGGAUAAGAAGAUUAUCCCCAAUCUAGAUAGAACAGAAUCUGGGCGUGUUGGAAAGCUUGAAAAGUUCUCUCACUAUGUUGCGAGGCAAAUGGGAUUCGAAGAUGUGAAUGAGGUGGCAGAGCUUUGUAGAUUGGCCCAUGAGUAUUUAAGAAAGGCCAAAGGAUGUGAAGAAAAUAUCUACGAAUAUUUGGCCAAUGAAAGGGACCCUGAUGCUUUAUACUUAAAAUUGAUAGAUGAGUUUGAUAGAUGCAUCCUCACUUACUUUGCAUUUCACUGGAACCAUGCUUCUUCUCUCAUUAGCCAGGUAAUUAAUCACUUUUCAUCUCUCUUUUUCUUUGUUGCUAUGCCUAACUUCUUUUCAUGCCUAGAUAUUAUCUUUGAAAAUACAUACAGGAAUCAAAGAUUUGAGAGAAUAACGAAGAAUUUGAAGGUAGCAAGAGUUUUCAACACAUUGGUGGAAGAGAUCAAAGCAAUAAAAGGUGACUCAUCGCAUUGUACGGAAGUGAUGGUCCCCAUUGCCCAUAGUGAGAGGAGCCCUGUUCUGCUUCUCAUGGGUGGUGGCAUGGGUGCUGGCAAGAGCACCGUUCUUAAGGACAUUCUUAAAGAAUCAUUUUGGUCUGGAGCAGCUUCAAAUGCAGUACUUGUUGAGGCAGAUGCUUUCAAGGAGAAUGAUGUCAUUUAUAGAGCCCUUAACUCAAGAGGUCACCAUGAUGACAUGCUCAUGACUGCUGAAUUGGUGCACCAAUCAUCAACUGAUGCAGCAUCAUCUCUACUGGUGACAGCUCUAAAUGAAGGGAGAGAUGUGAUCAUGGAUGGAACCUUAUCAUGGGAGCCUUUUGUGGAGCAAACUAUUUUCAUGGCAAGAAAUGUUCACAAAUGCAGGUACCGAAUGGGGGUUGGCUAUAAAGUUUCAGAAGAAGAUGGAACCAUAACUGAAAACUACUGGGAGGAAGUGAAUGAGACAGAAGAAAAUGAUGAAGCGGAGGAAAAUUGUAACGGAAAAUCUCGCCGCAAUCAAAAGCCUUACAGAAUUGAGUUAGUUGGUGUAGUUUGUGAUGGCUAUCUUGCUGUUGUUAGAGGCAUUAGGAGAGCUAUCAUGUCAGGCAGGGCUGUAAGGGUAAAUUCACAAUUGAAGUCUCACAAAAGAUUCGCUAAUGCAUUUCCAAGAUAUUGCAACCUUGUGGAUAAUGCUAGGCUAUAUUGCACAAAUUCCAUUGGUGGUCCACCAAAGCUCAUAGGGUGGAAGGACGGUGAUAACAAUCUACUGGUGGAUCCUGAAGAUAUCAAAUGCUUGAAAAAGAUAGCAAGUUUGAAUGCUGAAGCCGAUUCCAUCUAUGAACUUUACAAGGAUCCCAGCCCUAUAAUGAAACCUGGUUCUGUUUGGAAAGACAUUGUUUUGGCACCUUCAAGGUCAAGUGAUCAAAAACACUUGAGGGAAUCCAUUCAUAAAAUAGAGAAAACCUUGAGAAAAUAGAACACCAUAUUUUUGUAACAUAUUUUGCAGUCAAUCACUUUAAAAUUUAAAUUGUGCAUAACUUUUUCCUCCUUA